CUUGACAGGGGUCAAAUUUUAAACUUCCUCUGGUGUCAUAGUCCAGUUGUGUGUACGCUACCGACUAGCACGGUUGUUUACUUUCUUCACCGUUGGUCGAUACCGAACCGUUUACGGCUUUAGCUCGUCUCUCGUACGUGCUAGCAUGUGACCCGUUCGCUUACGUUAGCCUGACACCGCUGCUCGCUUCGCCAGAGCCUUUUCAGAGGAGUUAGCCGCGUAGUUCACUGACCCUCGGCAAAAUGGCGAGUUAGUACCACUGUUUUGAACCUUCAGAGUCCAAAGACAGCAUCGUGAUUCAGCUUUAAAAUGUCUCAGCUGGAGCCUGAUGACACCACACCGCUGCUCAGGGACGACGAUAGCAGUGAUGGAUCUGUGGAGGAGGACAGCAGCAGCCGGUGGAGGUCCAUCCGGGUCAUGUACUUCACCAUGUUCCUCAGCAGUGUAGGUUUCACGAUUGUCAUCACAUCUGUGUGGCCCUAUUUGCAAAAGAUUGACGGUAGUGCCGACGCCAGCUUCCUGGGAUGGGUGGUAGCAGCCUACAGCCUGGGGCAGAUGGUGGCUUCGCCCAUCUUUGGCUGGUGGUCCAACCACCGGCCUCGCAGGGAGCCACUGGUGUGCUCCAUCUUCAUCAACCUGUCAGCCAACAUCUACUACGCCUACGCCUACCUGCCCAAGACCAACAACAGGUUUCACAUGCUCAUGUCCAGAACCUUCGUGGGCUUCGGAGCAGGUAAUGUUGCCGUGGUGAGGUCUUACGUUGCUGGCGCUACAUCACUGAAGGAGAGGACCAGCGCCAUGGCAAACAUGAGCGCCUGUCAGGCUCUGGGCUUCAUCCUCGGGCCGGCUCUGCAGGCGGGUUUGUCAUUCAUCGGUGAGCAGGGCGUCACGUUGAAGUUUAUCGAAUUGAGGCUCAACAUGUACACUUCUCCUGCUUUACUGGCUGCAGCUCUCGGGAUCGUCAACAUCGUGCUCGUUCUCUGGGUGUUGAAAGAGCAUCAUGUUGAUGAUCACGGGAGGUGCGUUCAAGCUAUCAACUACACAGCAGAAGAUAGAGCUGAGAUCAGUGAAGAAACUGAGGAAACCGUCGAUCAGGUGGCGGUCGUGACCUCCAACGUCCUGUUCUUCAUCGUCAUGUUCAUCUUCGCUGUCUUUGAGACAAUUGCCACGCCGCUGACCAUGGACAUGUUCGCCUGGACCAGGAAGGAAGCUGUGCUGUACAAUGGCAUUAUUAUCUGCUGCAUUGGAUUUGAAUCUAUCCUGGUGUUUGUGGUGGUAAAAAUGGCUUCUAAAAGAGUUGGGGAUCGUCCUGUGUUUCUAGCAGGCUUGGCUAUUAUAUUUGCUGGCUUCUUUGUUCUCCUUCCAUGGGGAAAUCAUUUCCCGAAAAUCCAGUGGGCAGAUGUCAAAAACAACUCAUUGAUCAGCAUGAUGUCUGGCACCACGCUAGCACCCAACAGCUCUUUGGAGCCAACAGGCUGCCCAUCUGUACAGACCUGGUGCCAGUAUACUCCUGCUAUACACCUCGCCCAGUACAUUUCUUCGGACUUCCUGAUUGGGGUGGGAUAUCCAGCAUGCAAUGUGAUGUCUUACACAUUGUAUUCCAAAAUCCUUGGACCAAAACCUCAGGGUGUUUAUAUGGGCCUGUUGACGGCGUCGGGUAGCGGGGCUCGAACGUUGGGCCCCAUCUUCGUCUCUCACGUCUACACCAUCCUGGGCCCUCGCUGGGCCUUCAGCCUCAUCUGUGCUCUGGUGUUUGGAGCCAUCGUCCUGCUCGGCUCAGUCUACCACAGACUCAUCGCCUUCUCUGUGCGCCACGGAAGGACUGUAGAAUAACUCCGUGGAUUUCUAUUUGGCCAGAAUCCUGGCCACAGUGAUGACUGCUGCUGCUCCUUAAUUUACAAUGUGGUAACUGAUAAGCCUUUAAGAUUUUCUAACUCAGGGUUCUGACAUUUAAACUCUACAGUGAAGAGAUAAGGUUGAGGUAAGUAUUAAUGGUUGCUGGUGACUUAUAAAGGAGCUAGCACUGCACAGUAAGCUGCUGUGAAUGAAUUUGUGGCACAUAUUCAGAGAGAGAAAAGUCGGUGGUACUCAUUAAACAUUCCCUUCACUGAACUCUUGAAGAAUAUUGAACAUUUUUUUCCUCUUUUCCUUUAAUGGUUUCACUUGUAGUUUAAACCUGCAGGUUUUUGCUUACCUGAAAUUAUGCAAAGUGGUGUGCAUAUGUGUGUAUGCUAACAAUUAACUGAGUGAUAAAUGACAGAUUUAAUGUGAUCUUAUGCUCGUAUGUUCACUUUAAUAACACUGUCUGGUAUUUUUUAUCUUAUUUAUAAAUUAUAUCCAACAUGAUUUGCAUAAGAGACCGAUUGAAAGAAGAAAAAUCAGAAAGCUGUUUAAAUAAAGAUGUUAAAAUGUUGUUUUUAUGCUUUUUUUUAAAUUCAAUUUUGGACAUUUCAUUAUCCAGGUUUGCUGUGUCAAUAUCCGUAUUUUUCACAUUCUUCUUCAUUAAUACCUACAUUAUUGAUACUUUUCUCCAUUUUAACACAGGAUUUGGUUGUUUUGCUACAGUAAUAUCCACGUAUUUGAAGUAUAUGGUAUGUUACCAUACAGAAUUUUAAUAUAUUUGUUUGUUGAUUUGGAAGUUAUUGAAAUAUUAGUGUCCAGGUUUGUGAUGUUUCAAUGUGGUCAUAUCCAUAUUUAUGAUGUUUUGUUGCAAUAAUAUCCAGAUUUAAAUUUUGAUAAAUUCAAUUAGUUUUGAACGUUUUGCACAAUAAUAUUUAGGUUUUUUGGUGCAUAAAUAUCCAAAUUUUAGACCUUUCAGUGUGCUGAUCUCCAGGUAUUUAAAGCCAUGUUGCAUUAAUGUCCAGCUUGCUGAUAUUUGACACAUUAAAUGUCAUUUUUGUGCUUUUUUUUAUCCAGUUUUUUUUACAUUUCACUAUCUGGGUUUGCUGCAUCAAUAUCCAUUUUUUCCACAUUCUUGUUCAUUCAUAUCUAAAUUUUUGAUACUUUCAGGAGCAAAUAGGAAGCAAGAAUAAAUCCUGUAAAAUGCUGCUUUAAACAUUGUUGCCCUAGGAAAAAAAAAAAGUUGCUAAAUGAAAACUUGCUGUAGUUAAUACUGUGAAAUUCAGUGUUGGUCAUCAGAUUCACUACAAAAGUGUCUGGUUGAGUGGAAUAUUAUUUCCAAUGGAUGCAUCCAUGUUAUGUAUGUAGUUUUUUUUAUACAUAAACAAGGCAGGUGACAACUUUACUUUCUUAACUGUCUGUAUAAAAUAGCUGCCUCUUAAGAUUUAAAGGUGUGCAGAGUUAAUUUAGGUGUUCACAAUUACCUUCCAGAUGUGGAAAACGGACUUCAAAAAAUUUCUAUAUCCUGAUAAGUUUGAUUUUUUUUUUCUUUUUAAUUCCAGGACUAUGUUUUGAAGUUACACAUACCUAAAUAUGUUGUGCCAUUGUACAGUCACUGUGAUCAGUUGUUAUGCACAAUGCACACAAAUAAAUGUUAAACUGAG